AUGGCAGACGAAGGUGUUGCUGAGCAUUAUCAGGUUCUGGAGGAACUCGGUCGUGGGAGUUUUGGGGUCGUUUACAAGGGCAUCGAAAGGGCAACAGGCGAGACGGUGGCCAUUAAACAUAUUGAUCUCGAGUCCAACGACGACGACAUUCAAGAUAUCCAAGCCGAGAUCGCUGUCCUCAGCACGUGUGCGAGUCCAUAUGUAACCCAAUACAAGGGUUCGUUCUUGCGUGGGCACAAGCUAUGGAUCAUCAUGGAAUAUCUUGGCGGAGGCUCUUGCCUAGACUUGUUGAAACCUGCGAAUUUCAGCGAAACCCACAUCGCCAUUGUCUGCCGUGAGCUUCUGUUGGGGAUACAAUAUCUGCACACAGAAGGCAAGAUUCAUCGAGACAUCAAAGCUGCAAAUGUCCUGUUAUCCGAAACGGGCAAGGUUAAGCUGGCUGACUUUGGUGUGGCCGCCCAAUUGACCAACAUCAAGUCGCAACGCAACACCUUUGUUGGCACACCGUUUUGGAUGGCGCCCGAGGUAAUUCAACAAGAUGGAUACAGCUUCAAGGCCGACAUUUGGUCCUUGGGCAUCACGGCUAUGGAACUGGCGAACGGCGAGCCUCCGUUGUGUCAUAUUCACCCCAUGAAGGUCUUGUUUCACAUUCCGAAAAACUCCCCGCCCAAGUUGGAGGGCGAUUUCAGCAGAGACUUCAAGGACUUUGUUACUCAAUGUCUGACCAAGGACUACGAGCGGAGACCUUCGGCCAAGGAACUCUUGAAGCAUCGCUUCAUUCGAGCCGCGGGAAAGAUUGAGGCCUUACAGGAGCUCAUCGCCCGACGCCAAAUGUGGGAUGCCGACCAAAACCGGCAGCGACACCCAAUCUAUUAUCAGGAAACUCUACAAACGAUAUCUCCUAAGGAUGGCCAACAAGAGUGGGUAUUUGAUACUGUCAAGUCAGUUGCCAUUGUUCAACCCAAGAAGCCGGUCUCCAAGCACCGAAAGCCAUCGUCGAUGCUGGGAACGGAAGGUCUUCGAAGACUUGAUAUCGCAGAGGGGCCACUAGGUUUGUCUUCACCAGCACCAGCACCAGCACCAGCACCAGCACCAGGAACUGGAACUGGAACUGGACUUGGAACGGGAACGGGAACGGGAACGGGAACGGGAACGGGAACGGGAACGGGAACGGGAACUGUUCGCAAGUCCACCGUCCGGCGUGCUCCAUCACUUGCUCAACCCAGUUCUGUCCUCCGAACCAGUGGUCCACCCCGCCUUACAGUCGCGGCCAAGAAACCAUUGCAACCCGACAUGUCCUUUGGAAAUUUGGGGUCGACAAUGCGCCUUUUCCGGCGGGUUCCCUCGGACGGUUCCACCAAUGGUCAACUAGGACGACCAUCCUCACCAGACGACGUCUUCUGUGACGAGAACCUGCCUCCUCCCGUUGCGUCCCCUGUGGAGCCCUACGGGAAAGAAGCUGUUCUUGGGAGACGGCUUUACAACAAGGCUGUGGAGCCGGCUUUGGCCGAACUACAUGCCCAAACCUCUGCCAUGCAGAAACGUGAGGCGCUUGCGAAGCUCUCGGAUGCAUUUGCAGGCCUGGACGCUGUCGAUCCGGAAGGUGCAUAUCAUCUCAUGAGAAAUCUUGUCGCAUCCAUGUCUCAGGACAGCAAGCUUAGUGCGUCUCUUCUGCGACAACCGGCGCUGAAGAUUCCGGAUGACGGCACGCCUCAGGGGACUGUCAUUGUUAAGAGCUCUGCAACUUCCCUGGCCAGUCCUACAAAGCUAGUGCUGAGCUCAAGCAACCCACAUCUCAAGAGUCACAAGCGACGACAAGGCGAGUCCCCAAGACCCAGCCUGGGCGAAAAGGAGCUGGAUCGUGAACGCUCGAUGCUGCUGGAAGAAAAGUAUCCUGGCCGCGACGCACGAAGCGGCAUGGAACACUGCAAACAACUGUCUGAUGUGCUGUAUCAUCGCUGGGCCGACAAUCUCCGAAUUCGAUGGCCAGCUGUAUAA